AUGGAGAUUUCUAGAGAUGAGCCCAUUAGGACGGAACGGGAGAGGGAUGGCAACGGGAAGCAAGUGGAGCGGGUGGAGGAAGAGAAGAAGCCAGUUGCUAGCCAGGAAGACGUCCUUCAGAAUGUCCUGAGCAUCUUUCCCGAUGCAUGCCUCACACAUAUAGCAAAGCUCUAUCGUGAAUAUUAUUUACUACAAGGCAGCGAUAUCACCGAAUUCAUCGCAAACAAGCUAGCUGAGACAGAUUACCCGAAGUCAGAACUCGUUCAGAAGGCCGGCAUGAAGAGGAAGCGAGUGGAGGAAGACGAGAAGGGUGAAAAGGGCCCGGAUUAUGAGGCCAACGAUAGACCUCCGGUCGUUGGGGAGCGCUAUGAACUUGUGAGAUCUAUUUUGAAGCAGGAAUUUCCUCUGAUGCCGGUACGGUACAUCGAGAAGGUUAUGACGCAGAACCGGAACUAUCUAGCUAAAUCCUACUCCGCCCUUGUUAAGGCAGAUAGAUCUCACAAUCCACAAACGAACGCUCCCUAUAAACAGCUCGUGCAUCCGCGAAGAACGGAAGGCCAAAGCCACGAACUUAAGAAGGGUAAGGACUGGACAGAGAUCAGUGCCGAGCUAGAAUACGCCCGCGGCGAAGUGAGAAGAGAAGAAAUGCAAGCCCAGAUGGACGCCGAUGCUAGGCUUGCGGCCCAGAUAAAUGAAAAGGAACACCAGGAGAGCAACAUGCUGAUGGAGUGCGGGUGUUGCUUUGGUGAAUAUCCAUUCGAUAGCAUGACCCAUUGUAAUGACCUGCACCUCUUCUGUCUUGACUGUGCCAGACGUAAUGCGGAAACGGAGGUGGGAAAUGGCCGCCAUAAGCUAUCCUGUAUGGAUGGGUCUGGCUGCAAGGCGCUUUUCCCUCGGAGCCAAAUGCUGCGUUUCCUUGAUGGUAAGACGCUGUCAGCUUUGGCAAAGAUAGAACAAGAGGAUGCUCUGCGGAUUGCCGAGAUUGACGGGCUCGUCAAGUGCCCGUUUUGCGAUUACGGAGCUAUAUGUGCGCCUCCCGAAGUGGAUAAGGAAUUCAAAUGCCAAAACCCCGACUGUAUGGAAAUUAGUUGCCGGCUCUGCAACCAGAAAUCACAUAUCCCUUUGACAUGCAAGGAAUAUGCUAAGGAUAAUAAACUUGAUGUUCGGCACAGAGUUGAAGAAGCCAUGACAGAAGCGCUAGUAAGGAAGUGCAACAAAUGUUCUUAUCCGUAUAUUAAGGAAUACGGAUGCAAUAAGAUUCAUUGCAACCGUUGCAAUACACUUCAGUGCUAUAUCUGCUCCCAAACAAUAAAGAACUACGACCAUUUCAACGACCCAGCAAGAGGGGGGAAGAUCGGCAAUUGCCCACUUUUUGAUAACACCGAAGAACGGCAUCACGACGAAGUUGAAACUGCAGCAAAGAAGGCCAUGGAGAUGCUUCGAGUAGAGCAUCCGGAGCUUGAUGAUGAGGACCUGAAGAUAGAACUUUCAGAAAGGGUGCGAAAGGAAGAGGAGGCCAAACGCUCUCGCGCAGCAGCUGCGAAUGGCGGUAUUCCCCUGUACCAACCACAACCGGCUCGACAGCCGGUUGCCCCUCCAGUGAGAAGACGAGUUCCCGGGCCACCUCCACCUGCACCACCGCCUGCACCACAGAUUGGGGGACCAGCCGCGGGGGCAGGACACCGAGGCCGGCUGCAAAGGGUACGGGAUCGCAUUCAACAGGUCGUUCAGCCCCAAGCACCACCGCCCGCGCAGCCUCCCCAUGUGAUAAUGGGCCACCAGCUGCCGUUAUUCCAUCAAGUUGCCCAGAAUAUGUAUCCAAUUCCUCUUCCACAAUAUCCUCCUUAUCCUGCGCCAAACCAGUACCCGGGCGCAAAACCGGCUCAACAACCACUCAUUGGUGGCCUCCCAGCUGCUCAUGGUGCACCAAUCGUGAAUGAACGUGUACCUCCACCUCCGCCACCUCCGCCCCCACAGCCGUUUCGCCGUGCAGUGCUAUCUCGAAGAAAUACUGUCGCUGCUGCUAGGCCUAUGGGCGCUGAAAUACAGGGGAUGGGUGUGCCCAUACAAGAGCAAAAUCUUAUGAUGGCGAUGGGGCGCGCACAAGCACAGGCCCCAGCCCCGCCUGCAGGUCCACCAUCUGGGAUCUCGGCUCCUCGGAGAAGACGUUAAACUAUUGCCACAAUACGCUAUACGGGCUAUCUUCUUGUGCUGACCCGGCGAUUCCAGUAUCUUUCAAUUAGGAUAUCCAGUUCCUUUUAAUACACGCACACACACACCCCGUUACCUAUCUAUCAUCACAGAGCAGAACACUACUCGACUCCUUUUCCCCUCCCCACUCUGUCUCUUACGUUACGGCAGCUUUGCUGGUUUGUGGUUAUUUAUAGCUUUAGCAUCACGUCCUUUUCUGUAUCCCUCUCAUUUCUUUUUC